UUGUGUUUGAUGAAAGAUGAAUUUCGGGCGGCGUGUUUCGUCGAAAACAUCCAAUAGAACAUCUAAUGCCGAAGGAUUGUCACUGUCAAAGAGCAUUGACGUGUCAAAAUGCGAAGCGAUGCGAAGGAUGACGCCCACUGUGUGGAUUAGGGUUAUGUACAGAGAGUCAAUUUGUUGUAUAUGAAUUACUCGCGUGAAUGAUAUGGAAAUGAUGGAUGAAGUGUUAUUCUGAGGAGAUUCGAAAUAAGCCGAAAAGUCGUUGACUUCCACGUCCUAUAAAACUCAAAAGGAUGGAGGUUGAGACUGAAAAUGUCCUGAAAUUAUUAUUUCCCAAUAGUGUACCAGAAAGUUGGAAGGAGAAUCCAGAUUUUGCUCUGUAUCUUUCAAAGUUAGGUUCCUAUGGAGUAGAGCAAUUGUCUAAGGAACCAGAACGACUUGCUGAGGAGAAGGCAGCAGUUUUGGAGCAAACCCAAGACCUGGUUUUUACAAAUUAUAAAACGUUUAUUCACACAGCAGAAUGUUCAAGGGAAAUAUUCAAAGAGUUCAGCAAUGUUGAGAAAAGACUUGGUUCCCUUGUGGAGCGACUGCCAGAGCUGACACGUCGAUGCCAAGCAUUCAGUCAAGCAUCUAGUGAAAUUGCAACUCACAGGCGCCUCAACUCCCUCACUUUAACACGGAAUGCUCAGCUGUUAGAAAUAUUGGAGUUACCACAAUUAAUGGAUACAUGUGUGAGGAAUGGCAAUUAUGAAGAGGCUUUGGAAUUGGCUGCAUAUGUUCGUCGUUUAGGCAAGAAGCAUGGAAAUAUUCCUAUUAUUGAGAGUGUGGUUCGAGAUGUGGAAACUGCUUGGGUGACAAUGCUGCAUCAGUUGUUGCAACAAUUGCGAUGUGAUUUACCACUUCCUCGUUGUUUGCAAGUAGUGGGCUUCUUACGACGUAUGCAAUUGUUCUCUGAACCAGAACUGCGACUGAAAUUUCUGCAGGCUCGAGGUGCUUGGCUGCAGGGCUUACUACAAGCCAUUCCCUCUGCAGAUCCCCAUCAUCAUUUGAGCAAAACAAUAGAGCUCUCUCGCAUACAUCUAUUCAAUAUUGUGACACAGUAUCGUGCUAUCUUCAGUGAUGAUGAACCACUUUUGUCCACAAGCCGUGACAACAAUAUAAAUGAGAGUGCAGUGUUUUACAGUUGGAUUACUGAAAAGGUUGCCCAUUUUCUGCAUACUUUAGAGAAAGACCUAGAACGUAGUCAAGGCAGUUCCCUUGAUUCUGUUGUGGGCCAGUGUAUGUAUUUUGGAUUGUCCUUCAGUCGUGUGGGGGCUGAUUUUCGGGGCUUACUUGCCCCUAUCUUUGUGCGUGUCGUCUCACAGAAUUUCCAAGCAUCUGUGAAGAAAGCUACUAAUAAAUUUGAACAGGAAAUGGAGAGUUUUGUUCUAUCUAAAUCCACUGCUGCAGCAGCAGCUGCAGCUGUUAGUAGUCGCAGUGUGACCAACAUCACAGAACAAAAGCCGGAAAUCCCACCUAACAGUCUUCUUGAGUUUUAUGUUCUGGCAGAAUAUUGCAAUGGUAUGUUGACUGCCUUUAAUGAAUUGCGUGUUUGUGCUCCUGUAGCUGUGUGCCAAAUUGUGACAGAAUCACUGAAGCUGUCGCUAAAAACAGUUGUAGAACGAACAGCACAUUGGCAUUGGCAGGAAUCACAGGCUGAUCUCAGCAAUACAGAACGUGACGCUCUUCGACGAUUUUGCUCUUUACUUGCUCUAGAACUUAUUCCGUACAUGCAGCGUUGCCUGCAUCUUGUAUUCCCAGUAGCUGAUGUUGCAUUGCGUCUGGCUGUUCCUGCUCACCAAUUGCAGAAAGAGGGAAUAACAUACUUGGACCAAGCGGAUAUCAUCAAACCUCUUCAACAUAUCCUACCCAUUUCAUCACCAAUUUUGGGCCUUGCAAAUCUUGAUACUGUGACUAGUGACAAGCCAACUGGAAACAAUGAAAUUUCAGAUGGUACUGUAAAUUCUUCUGUACCAAUUGCCAAUGUUCAAACAAGUUCAGCAGGUAUGGAGCAUGAAGAUUCUAUUUCUGAAGUCGCCACCAAGGAAAUAUCUGGGGAAGCUUCAGCAACUGGUAGUGAGCAAAAAGAGAAUAAGGCAUCUGAAACUGAGAAACCAGUAACAGGUGUAAACUCUGUUAACCUUUCAAUUCAAAUUUCAAAUUUGAAUUUACAAGAGGUAAAGGAACGCAAAUCACAAAGUGAACAUUCUGAGGAAAAGUGAAUUGUGAGAAAACUAUUUGCUCAUGAUAAUUUAUCUUCUGUUAUCAUUGUUAAGGGGUGUGUAGAAAUAAUUUAAUAAGGAAGUAUUUUUCACUAUGUAAAUAAGCUGAUUUAUAUUGUAUUGUGAAUUUAUUCUAUUUUGUUGUUGCGAGCUUCAAGUACAAGUUCAAGUCAUUACAUGUUGAACAAAAUGUGUUUUGUUUUUUACUUGUAUAGUAUUUGAAAAGAAUUGUAAUUGUGUGAAAAAUGAUAAAAAAUAUUCUCAAAAAAGUUCCAAAAUUUUCCAUUAAAGUUAUUUUUCUCAAGAACAG